GAACCCCAAGCCGAACCGGAGCGCUUCCCCCAGCUAGUCCUGGGCAGAGCUGGAACCCGGAGCGUGCGGAGCAUGAGAGGCGUCGGUCGCGGGCGCAAGGAGCCCGCUUGACUCCUGAAAGCGCCGCAAGAUGAAGACACCGCUGCGCCAUGGUGUCGCCAUGCUCGUCGCGCUGCUGCUGUGCGCCAGCCUCUUCCUGGUCUACAAUGGCAGCUUCUACGGCUCCGUUCGGGACGCUAACGACACGCGAACGCGGCGGCAAGAGCAGCCGCCGGGGCCCGCCGGCGCCUCCUUCGGCCCGGCCCGGCCUCAUCCCCCGGCGCUGCAGGGCUACAGCAGCAUCGUGGACCACAAGCCUCUGAAAAUGCACUGCCGGACGUGCGCCCUGGUGACCAGCUCGGGCCACCUGAUCGGGGGCGGGCGGGGCCAAGAGAUCGACCGGGCCGAGUGCGUCAUCCGCAUGAACGACGCGCCGGCCGCGGGGGGCUACGCCUCCGACGUGGGCCGCCGCACGUCCCUGCGCGUCGUGGCUCACUCCAGCAUGCAGCGCGUGCUCCGGAGUCGCAAUCAGCUGCUCAACGCCAGCCAGGAUGCCGUUUUUAUCUUCUGGGGGCCCAGCAGCUACAUGCGGCGCGACGGCAAGGGCCUGGUCUACAACAACCUGCGACUCAUGAGUCAGGUGCUGCCCGCGCUCAAAGUCUACAUCAUCUCCUGGCAGAAGAUGUUGCAGUUUGACGACCUCUUCAAGAGGGAAACUGGCAAGGACAGGAGGAUAUCCAACUCGUGGCUGAGCACCGGCUGGUUCACGAUGACCAUCGCCCUGGAGCUGUGCGAUAGGAUCAACGUGUACGGGAUGGUCUCGCCCGACUUUUGCAGCAGGGAUCCCGCCGAGCACCCAUCGGUGCCCUACCACUACUACGAUCCGCGGGGGCCCGACGAGUGCGCCAUGUACAUAUCGCACGAGCGCGGCCGACGGGGCAGCCAUCACCGCUUCAUCACGGAGAAGCGGGUCUUCGCCGACUGGGCGCGGACGUUUGACAUCCAUUUCUACCAGCCCGACUGGAGCCCCGCCCCUCUGCCGGCCAACCGCACCGUGAGCGGAGGAGUAACCGAGGGAUGCCAAACGUGAU